GUUUAACUCAGUAGCACAUAGAGCUUUUAGAAAGUGGUGCUGCUAGCUUAUUUUUUAGCACGUAGAAGUGACUGUUCUGUUAGCCGAUUCGUCGUCUGAUGUUUUUAUAUUUACCUUUUGUUUUGUUUUUUUUAUCUUCCUGUACCCAAUAAUAGGAAUAAAACUGCAGUUGAUCUCCUUAAGAAUUCGAGGCCCUAAAGAUGGAAAGCCCUGCAGGAGACACCGAGUCUAAGCCAGUUCCUCAAUCUCAGCCGGUGUGCCGCUUCUUCUCCCAAGGACGACACUGUAAUUUUGGGAAGAAAUGCAAAUUCCUUCACACAAAUGAUAACAUCACAGCUUCUAAACAUGUUGGUGGAGCGCCUGGCCAGCCGGGUGGAAGAUGUUUAGAAUCUCGAGGUGAACAUGAGGACAGCCAGCGGUCAAGAAGCUCUGUCUCUGCCCCCCGUCGCCCUUGUCGUUAUUUUCUCUCAGGUCACUGCGCUAUGGAGGAGCGAUGUCGUUUCUGGCAUCCACUCCAGUUCCCUCCAGAGGAUGUCACACUGGGUCCUGGUAAUCCCACCAAAGCCGCCCCGAGGUGCCCUCCAGCGUCCAUCCACAGCGGCCCCCUGGAAGUGAAGCUCGGUGACAUGACGGAGGAGAAGGCCAACCAGCUGCGAGACACGGAGAUCAAGCAGCUGCAGAAGCGAUUUCCUAAAGAGCAGCUGAUUAUUCAGGAACGAAGUGAUGGCAAAGUGACGUAUUACAGGAUGACUGUUGAGGCUACUGAUCCAGACUGGCCUUUUGAUCUGAAAGAAAUUGACAUAAUGGUGAGCUUCCCGGAUAACUACCCCCUUGAGAUUUUCGUCCUGGAAAUACCUUUGGACCAGGAACUGCCACCCGUGAUGGCAAAACAUGUUCAGGACGCAUCCGUAGAGUGGCUUCAAGCGAAGCAUGCCACCAAUCAGCUGCUGGGGAAGGUCGAGCUGCUUUUCCGGCCUUUUCUUCGCUGGCUGGAUCGCAGCUUGGAAAGAUUGUUCACUGAAGGAGCCAGACAAUUAAAAAAGGACGUGGAUUUACAAAAAGCUGGACUACAGUUUAUACCCUAUCAGGAGCUUCAGCAGACAGCGUGUGAAAAAUCUGGCCAGGACUAUGACUCUGCUGCUGCACAUACAGAUGAAGAGGUUUACGAUGCAGAAGAUGGAGAAAUGAUCAAUCAAGAUGAGUCAUUGCAGCAGGAAGGUCAGUGUUUUGAAGAAGAUCAGCAGGAAGAGGCAAGUCGACUGGUGGAAAACAUUAAGAUCAGCGACCCUCGCCGAGGAACAGAGGUGAAGCUUCUGGGACUGAGCCUGGGAGAGAACACUGCCACUGUAGUAGCUCAGCGGAUAACUGUUAGCCUGCAGUGUAAUCGGUGUAAGGUGACGGCAGACCUGACACUCACUGGAAGGACACCAUGUGCAGCUCAGUGUGAGAAGUGCAAUGCAAGCAUAAAUGCUGCAUUCAGGCCCUGCAUGCUCCACCAUUACUGUGAUGUCCUGGGCUAUCUGGACCUCCAUAGCACUACUCCUGCUGACCUCAUCCUUCAGGACUGCGACUUCAUCCUGGGAUGCCUCACCUGCUCUCAAGACAUGCCUGUGGAGAAUCUUAUCUAUGGACAAACAAGAGAGCUUAGUUGUGAACAUUGUCACAGCAAGCUCAGCAUUCUAGCUGAAAGCGCAAGAUUUCAGUACAUUCAGCCUCGCACCUCUAACAAAGCAGGUUCUACUACUGUUAAUUACAAGAGCAUGAGAGAUCCAGCCGUACAAAAGGGAAAACCACUGCCAGACAAAGGAGCGUGCAAACAUUACAAACAGAGCCAUCGCUGGCUCAGGUUUCCUUGCUGCGGCCGGGCUUACCCCUGCGAUGUGUGCCACGAUGAAAAUCAGGACCACCCCAUGGAGCUCGCCACGAGGAUGCUCUGUGGCUUCUGUGCCAAAGAACAGCCGUACGCCAACGGAAAGCCAUGUGUCACCUGUGGGAGCAUGAUGACGAGAGGCACGCGUACCAACCACUGGGAAGGAGGACUAGGAUGCAGAAACAAAUCAAAAAUGAGCAGAAAUGACAAAAAGAAAUAUGCCAACACCAACAAAACGGUUUCAAAGAAGGCAUCCAGCGAGAAGAAGUAACUGUUAAAGAGGAAAUCUGCACAGGUUUUACUUUGUCACCAAUCAAUAUGAUGCCAUAAUUAUACUUUUAAUUGACAUAAUUUCACAUUAGAACUUCCUCCAAUCAUCUGUUGGGUAGAACACUGGUGCCUUUGGAAUGAGACUGAGUAUAUGACUGAGCAACCACUUUAAAAAUAAAGCAUCUUCUCUUGAUCGUU